AAAUAAAUAAAUAAGGGCUCUUCUUUUCGUCUCCUCUCUCUUUCUUUUAAAGCCUCCACCUAGCUCACCAAGACGUUGGCUAACAACAUUUCGAUCUCUUCGAUUCCUUUGCUCCUCUGAAGAAGGGCGAGUGGCGAAGAAGGGAUCGGUGGGAGUGAAGAUGCUGGGCGGAUUGCUGGGAAGCAAGUUCGUCAAUAAAUGUAAGCAUUCGGUGAAAUGUAUUAACUCGAGGUUGGUGGUGAUCACGAAGAAGAAGCAGGCGACGGUGGGGUUCUUGAAGAAGGAUGUGGCCGACCUCAUCUCCCGUGGACAUGAUUCCAACGCGUUUGGCAGGAUUGAUGUGCUUAUUGUGGAAAUAAAUCAUGCACGUUGCUAUGAUAUGAUCGAGAAAUAUUGUGAAUCUAUACUGAAUCUGCUUCCCUCUAUGCAAAAGCAGAGUGAGUGUCCUGAAGAUGCAAUGGAAGCUGUGUCAACUUUAAUUUUUGCUGCAGCAAGAUUUUCAGACUUGCCAGAAUUAUGUGAACUCAGGCGUGCCUUCUUGGAGAGAUUUGGGAGUUACAUCGAGUCAUUUGUAAACUCUGAGUUUAUGGAGAACAUGCAGAGGAAGUCUUUUUCUGUGGAUAAGAAGUUACAAUUGAUGCAAGAAAUCGCGCAAGAGUUCUCUGUAAGCUGGGACUUCAAAGACAUUCAGACAGAAGUUAUCGAUGAAUCUAGGAAAGGUGCACCUGUUCACAAUGGAAAUCAUGAACCUCCAAGCAAGAUGCUUGGUGGGGGGAAUGGAGCUGACAACAAUGUAAGUAGCAAGAUCCUGCUCAAGGGAAGAUAUGAACCUACUCCAAAGCCCAUCAUUCAGAAACAAGAGAUUCAGCCUGGGCUUAAAGACAUUCAUGUCAUUUCAAGUACGAAUGGCGGUCGAUCUCAUGACCCUUCGUCCAAGACAAGAAAGGCAUUUGCUGAUGAACCAGAGAAUAUUGAGCCACCAUCCAGACCUACGGUUCCUACAUACUCUAAAUUGAAUGCAGGAAUUGUUGAGAGUGACAAGCAUAAGGACAAGCAAGUUGGUGAUGCUGUUUCUCAUAAGCAACAACCACCCAGUGUCCAACAAGUUGGACUCGUGAAAUCUCAAGACAACAAGCCUGUUUACAGUGUUCCUCCGUACACCAAAACAAAAGUUGUAAACGACACGUCCCAUGCAGUAGAUCAUAUACAAGACAGCACUCCCUUUAAAAGAUUUUCAAGGGAUGAAGAUGUGUCAGAUCCUAGUGGCCUUGAGAGGCAACCAGUGAGACAACUCAACUACGGCCAAGAUAGGGUGAUGAAUAAAGUCCCUCCACCAUAUGUCAAACCAAGCUUCAACCAGGUGAAUGCUGAUCAAGAUGGUGGGCCUCGUGUUCAUGAUAUUAAAGAUGUGAAGAGCAGUGAUAUGCAAAUUCCCAGGUCUGUCAGGAGUAGGCGCACCAAGCAAUUGGUUCUUGAUGAGAUUGAUGGUUCCAUUGAUGACAGGAAGCAAUUGAGCUCAACACCAGAUCUACGAAAGAGGCAAAGUGGCCGGGAACAUGCUGCUACCUAUAAUGAUGAUAAAAAUGGUGCGGGGAUGGUCAAGGGCCCACGUUCAAGUGGAUCAAUGGCUGGAGAGGUUGCUGAUAUAUUAACGCGAACAUCAACUGAGGGAACAAGACAAGUUGGGAAGCAUAGAGCCACUGCUUAUGAUGAUGCUUACUAUGAUGAGGGAAAGAUGGCCGGCUUAAAACUAGCAAUGGCUGGAGAGAUUGGUGAUGCCAUUGAUUAUGGCAAACUCAUGUCUCAAGCCCCAAAGUACCAAGGAAGACAAGGACACAGGUCCAGUGAUGUCACCCGAGAUGAAGAUCACUAUGGUGAGAGGAAGACAUCAAAUCCAAAAUCAUUGGAUGGUGAUCAUGCAGACAAUUCCAUCUAUUUUGGAAAACUUUUGCAUGCAACUCCAAGUGGCCAAAGAAGAGAGGGGGGCAGGUGGGCUACAAACUAUGAUCGUUACCGCGAUGACGAGGAGAGGGCGAUGGAUAGACUUCUUAUGCAUUACAGUAGGAAAGGGAUGCCUGAAAGUACCAGUACAGGUACAAGAGGUUCUGCCUCAGGUCAUGUUGCCAAUGAAGGUGCACCCUAUAACCGUCAAGAAGGGAAAACAUCAAAACCAUUGCUCCAUGAAAGAGUGGCCUCACUCCCACCGCAGCCAGAUAAGUCCAAGGGAGGUAGAGCACCGACAAGAGCUACUUCACUGCAGCCCAACUUGUUCGCCCCUGCUGUUGGCCAUGCACAUCCAAGAAUGCCAGAUUAUGACGAGGUGGCCGCCCGGAUGGCAGCUUUGAGGGCUAAACCAUGAACCACAAUAAGCUUCUGUUGCAGAAAUGUCUCAUUUAUUUUUUGUUUUACACCUUCAACCUUCAAAGCGGAAGAAUGGCUAAGCUUCCACCAACAUCAUUGCUUGCAGCUGAACAAAUCUAGACGGUUGAUGUCAUAGCUACUUUGGUUUUGUACAUAUGCCACAGAUGUCCAGUGUCAAGUUAAAGAGUAAGAUUAGAUUCUGUCUCAUUGAUCGAUUGAUAAUUCUAAGUCUCAUUGUAAUAGUCAUUUAGAGAUAAAUACUCAUCGGUUUUCCUUUCUUUUUCUUAGUCGUCAGUUGUUGAAAUGAGUCUUCGGUGUUUGUAUUCAUAAAUGCACCUUCAUUUGUUAAUAAAAGAGCAACUUCUAACCA